AUGAGGAUGAUCAAAUAUAUGUUUCUUGCCUAUAAAACUUUGGCGUUUAAUCUAUUGAGAGGUUGCUGUUCGUUCUCCAAGACCAGGCCAUUGUUGAAGUCAUCCACAAGCAAGAUGACUGUUCAUGGACCUUGGAACCAACUUCCCAAUGACAUAGGGAGUUCAAUCUUUGAGCUUUUGGAUUUAGAGGAUCGUCUCCGGUUCGACCUUGUCUGCAAGCAAUGGAGAUCAAAUAUAAAGCGAACUCCACAGCUACUAUGGCUGAUGCUCCCUUACGACCGAAAUUCUCAAUAUUUGAGUUUCUUUGAUAUGUGUGAGGGCAAAAUUCGUAAGUUUAAUCUCCCUGGAUCCGCCCAAGGAGGUUGGUUUUCUGGGUGUUCUAAAGGUUGGCUUUUCCUCGUCACAGGCAUGGAUGUUGAUGAUCUACGAAUAUUUUUGUUUGAUCCCAUCUCAAGGUCUCAAAUUCCGCUUCCACCAUUGUCGACAAUAUCAAGUUUUAAACAUAGUUUCACUGCUAGACACCCUGGAUGGAACCCUGCUGCCUGCAUAAUCAAUGGAGUUGAAAUAUCUUCCUCUGAUGCAUCACAAUGCAUAGUAGUGGUAAAAUUUUCUAUUAAUAAUAGAAUUUUGGCACUUUGUAGACCACAGGAUGAGAGGUGGACCAUCGUUGAAGGGCUACUAGGUGAUGAAUAUUAUUAUGGGAAUUUCUCCUUCUUUGAUGGGGAUUUAUAUGCCUGCAUCUUGAGUUCAGAUGAGGAAAAUAAUAAUCAAGAUCCUUGUUUUCAAACUCAUUCCAUAACUUUAGGAAGUCAACGUGUGAAUCUGAAGUUGAUCAGCUCCACACCUCCACCCACUAAUUCAAUUUUUGCUGCAGAUGCCGAUGAGAGCAUUUUGUAUUAUAAGGACUCUUUCCGAUGGCCGUAUUUGGUGGAAUCAAAUGGUCAAUUAUUGGUGGUUACUCAAAUAUAUGACAGAAUAAUGGAUUUGGACGACAGUGACAGCGACAGCGACAAUGGCAAUGACAACGGUGAUCGCACAAGCCUAUUCAUGUAUUUUCAAGCAGCUACGUUCCAAGUAAAGAAGAUUCAGACAAUUGGUGAUACAUUGCAUACGACAGUAGUAACUGAUGUGGGUAAUCAAUCAUUAUUUGUGGGAGCCGGAGAUUGCUUAGCAGUAAAAACUUGUGACAAACUUGAUAAGAAUUGUAUUUACUUCUUACAUGACAUGGAUUAUAGCCUUCACAAACAAGAUUAUCCAUUAAUUUCUCGUGAAGCUGGUGUUUACUACCUUGAGGAUGGAAGCAUUCAACGUUGCCUCCCAAGUAUUACGACUCAAAAUCAUUGUUUAUACAUGCAUUGGUUUUCACCAAAUAUCAAAUCUAGAGUCUUAGGUUAG